AUGCCUCCCAAGUACAUGUCUGGAUAUCAAAAGAAGAAAAGAAAGCUGAGAAUAGAAUCAUUAAUUCAAAGUCAAGCUGGAGAUAUCAAUAAGUACUUUACUCCCAAUCUUGUAGAGAGUAAAAAUGUGGCUGAAAAUUUGUUGAAUAACGAAGAGGAUAUGGGAUUAAAUGAUGAUGAUAAAGUGCUUGAACCUGUCAAUAUGGAUGAAAUGGUUAACAAUAAUAAUGAAGAGAUUCUUGAAUCUGUCAUUGUAGAUGAAUCUAAUUUUUUUGAGAAAGAUGAUGAGCAAGUUCAACAUGAAACUUUAAGUCAAGAGACUUGUUCUGAUGAUCCAGGAAAGUGGGAUAAUAUUGAUCAAAAAAUUAGAGACUUUUUAGUGGAGAGAGGUCCAAAGAGAGAUGCUUGUACGUUGUUUCCAAAAGAUAGUACCAACAGACAUUUUAAUGUAUUGCAUUAUAAAAGAAUUUUGUCAAACGGAGAGGAAAAUGAUAGAAGAUGGCUAUUAUAUUCAAUUUCUUUGGACAAAAUUUUUUGCUUUUGUUGUAAACUAUUCAAAAAGCAAAAGCACAAGAUUGGUACUCAGUUAGCUAAUGAAGGAUACAACGACUGGCAUAAUUUGAGUCGUUGUCUUACAUCCCAUGAAGCGAGUAAGGAGCAUAUGGAGUGUAUGACUGAUUGGCUUGAAUUAGAAAGAAGGUUGCAAAAGAAUCAGACAAUUGAUGCAAGAGCACAAGUACAAUUGAACAAAGAAAAAGAACACUGGAAACAUGUGUUACAUAGGAUAAUUGCUAUUGUGCAAAGACUAGCAAAAAAUAACUUGGCCUUUAGAGGAAGUUGUGAGAAGCUUUAUGUUGAAAACAAUGGUCUCUUUCUGCAAAUGGUUGAAAUGAUUGCUGAGUUUGAUCCAAUAAUGAAUGAGCACCUUCGGCGUAUUAAAGACCAUGAAACUUAUACUACAUAUCUUGGUAGCAGAAUUCAAAAUGAAUUGAUAGAAAUGUUGGCAGGUGAGGUAAGAAAGAAAUUACUUGCAAAAGUCAAAAAGGCAAAAUACUUUUCAGUCAUCUUAGAUUGUACUCCAGAUAUUAGUCAUAAGGAGCAAAUGUCUCUUGUCAUACGGUGUUUGGAUGAGUCAGAAAAUUCAAUAAAAGUGAAAGAAUAUUGGAUAGAAUUUUUAGAGGUGGAUGACACUUCUGGGCUUGGACUUUUUACGCAUCUUAAGGAUGCUUUAAUCCAUCUUGAGCUUGAUAUUGAUGAUAUACGAGGUCAAGGAUAUGACAACGGAUCUAACAUGAAAGGGAAACACAAAGGUGUACAAAGAAGGUUGCUUGAAAUAAAUCCCAGAGCCUUUUAUACUCCUUGUGGUUGUCAUAGCCUUAAUUUGGCAUUAUGUGAUAUGGUGAACUGUUGUCCUCAAGCUAUGUCAUUUUUUGGAGUAAUACAACGCAUUUAUACAUUAUUCUCCUCUUCUACGAAGAGAUGGAGAAUUUUUAAAAAUCAUGUAAAGGGUUUGACAGUUAAGCCAUUGUCACAAACACGCUGGGAAAGUCAUGUUGAGAGCGUGAAACCUAUAAAAGAACAAACUGCCCAAAUUAGAGAUGCUUUACUUGACUUAACAAAUGAUACUGAAGAUCCCAAAACAAAAAGUGAAGCAGAGUCCUUGGCAUUAUAUGAACUUGAGAAGUUUGAAUUCUUACUUGGUGUAGUAAUUUGGUAUAAGUUGUUAUUCGCAAUUAACACUGUGAGUAAAUUUCUUCAAUCCGAAAAUAUGGAUAUUGAUGCUGCUAUCAAACUCUUGCAAGGAAUUAUUAUAUUUCUUGAAGAGUAUAGAGAAUCUGGUUUUGAUAAGGCAAUGGUUGAAGCUAAAGAAAUGGCAAGUGAAAUGGGCAUUGAAGCAGUAUUUCGAGAAAAGCGAGUUGUUCGUAGAAAAAAACAAUUUGAUGAAAGUAGUAGUACAGAAAUAACAUUGUCAGCAGAGGAGUCCUUCAGAGUUAACUACUUUCUCUUUAUAGUUGAUCAAGCUCAUUCAUCUAUUGAGUCUCGAUUUGCACAAUUUAAAGAAUAUCAGGAAAUAUUUGGUUUUCUAUUCAAUGUGGAGAGGUUACAAUGUUCUGAUGAUGAAAGCUUGUUGAGGUCUUGCAAGAAUCUUGAAAAUUCUCUUGCACAUAAUGGUUGUUCUGACGUUAAUGGAGAUGAUUUGUUUUCAGAGUUAACAUUUUUAAAGUGCUCUUUACCAGAGGAAUCGAAAUCAGCUAUUGAUGUAUUAGAUUAUUUGAAAAAGAUGGAUGGUUGUUUUCCAAAUGCUCAUGUUGCUUACAAAAUUUUGCUGACAAUACCAGUUACAGUAGCAAGUGCAGAAAGAAGUUUCUCAAAGUUGAAGCUUAUCAAAACUUUUCUUCGAUCGACCAUGUCACAAGAAAGAUUGAAUGGGCUAGCUAUGUUAUCAAUUGAAAAAGAAAUUAUUGAACAACUUGAUUAUACAGACUUGAUUAAUAUUUUUGCCGCCAAAACUGUAAGGCGAGUUGUCUUUAACUGA